CAGUGACAUUGAGAAAAUAUCAAAGUUCUAUCAAGUUAAAGCAGCUUCUUUGCGUAAUUUGGAAGACGAUUUAUCGGAUCAUGAAAGAGCUAAACGAGAGCUGGAAAGCCUGAUACAGUGCCGAAAAUAUAAAGCUGAAUUAAGUGAAUGUCAAUCAAAAGCUUCCGAGAUGGAAAGGGAGAAUUUUGCAGGCUCAAACAAUACAUUACAACACGAGAUACAGCACCUUGAGAAAACCCGUUCUAACUUGUCAGAAGAAAGAGCAAGUAUAAGUGGAGCAAUUGCCCAGAUCGAGGAACAAAAAGAGAACUACAGAGAAGAACUCGAGGGUACUUACAAAAAUGCAGAAUCCGAAUAUCUUCGCAUGACGUUCGAGGUCAGGAUGCGUGAGGGCCAACUUUCUGAUGUCAAAAAAUACAAAACAGGAUAUGAAAUGGCUAUCGUAGAGAAACAAUCUGACAAAAUCAAGGAAAUAAAUCAAGUAAUUAAGGAACUGUGGGAAAAAACUUACACUGGGUCGGACAUUGAAUAUAUGGCCAUUAGAACGGAUCUUGACGAUAUUAGCCCUGGUGAUACCACUGCACAUACAUUUAACUAUAAGGUGGUAAUGGGAAAAGAUGGAGAAGAAGUUAAUGCGCGAGGCCGUCUUAGUGCUGGACAGAAAGCAAUGGCGUCAAUAAUCAUUCGUCUUGCACUAGCAGACGUCUUUUACACGGAUUGCAGUGCAAUCGCUCUUGACGAACCGACAACCAAUCUAGAUCAUGAUAAUAUACAAUCUUUGGCUUCUGGAAUAGCAAACUUGGUAAAAGACCGCUUACAACAUAGAGGCUUCCAACUUAUAAUCAUCACUCAUGAUGAAAAGUUUGUGAACACAUUGGCAACCCAAGGGCUGGCCAAUAAUUUUUACCGUGUGUGUAAAGACGACAACAAAUACAGCACUAUUGAAUUACAAAACAGUACUGUAAUUGAGUAAAUAAAAUAAAAUUUAUCUUUAUAAAGUGGAC